AUGAAACUUCAUGCAAAAAGCGUACACCCAGGAAUAUCGAUCAUAGAGGAGGGGUUAGUAUGUGGAUAUUGUUCCAGUGCUAAAGUCUUUAAGACAUCUGCAUCACGUGCGGGUCAUUAUCGUAAAUGUGCUGAAUACCAACGCAUAACACACUCCCACCCCAUUACCCAGGUUGAUAUAUUACAACAGAAUCAGCAACACGUACAUGAAGACGUCUGUCCUGGACCUAAGGAGACACUCCCACACAUGCUAUGGGAACGUCCUCGACUUCGUGACUUAAGUGUUGCUACUUUUAGAACUACUCCCGAAAAAUUGAAAGCUCCAUUUAACACUAAGUUACUUUUUGGGUUCUUAACUAAUGCCAUAACUUUAUUUUCUACAGAUUGCUAUCGUGACUAA